CCUGUAGUGGUUCUCUUGCUCUGAAGGAAAAUGGCAAGUUCAGUCGUAAACGCAGGCCGUCUCUUUUGGCGCUCUGGCGGCAAAUUACAAAGGUUUGCAGCGCCUGUUGCAUUAAAUGCAACACAACAAAGAGAUUAUGGAACCAAAAGAAUCAAGGUUGCCAACCCAGUGGUGGAGAUGGAUGGUGAUGAGAUGACCCGCAUCAUUUGGGAAAAGAUUAAGGAAACCUUGAUCUUGCCGUACAUUGACGUUGAUCUAAAGUACUACGAUCUGGGCUUGCCAUACAGAGACCAGACAGAUGAUCAGGUCACCAUUGAUGCUGCCCUGGCCACCAAAAAAUACAAUGUAGCAGUCAAGUGUGCGACAAUUACCCCUGAUGAAGCUCGUGUAGAAGAAUUUAAGCUCAAAAAGAUGUGGCUUAGUCCAAAUGGCACAAUUAGAAACAUUCUAGGAGGAACAGUGUUCCGAGAACCAAUUAUCUGUCAGAAAAUUCCACGCUUGGUGCCAGGAUGGACAAGGCCUAUUGUGAUUGGUCGUCAUGCCCAUGGUGACCAGUACAAAGCCACUGACAUGGUAGUGCCUGGAAAUGGAAAAAUUGAGCUAGUCUACACUCCUGAGGGGGGAAAAGAAGAAAGAACAACUGUAUUUGAAUUCAAAAAUGGUGGAGGAUGUACCAUGGCCAUGUACAACACAGACGAGAGCAUCAGUGACUUUGCCCACACAUGUUUCCAGUAUGCCAUUAUGAAGAAAUGGCCUCUUUACAUGAGUACAAAGAACACCAUUCUGAAGAGAUAUGAUGGAAGAUUCAAAGACAUCUUCCAGGACAUCUUCGAGACAAAAGGAUACAAGGAGAAGUUUGAUGAGCUGAAGAUCUGGUAUGAGCACCGUCUGAUUGAUGAUAUGGUGGCUCAGGCUCUCAAGUCAGAUGGAGGAUUUGUGUGGGCGUGUAAGAACUACGAUGGAGAUGUCCAGUCUGACGUAGUCGCCCAAGGUUAUGGUUCAUUGGGUCUUAUGACCAGUGUACUUGUAUGCCCUGAUGGAAAAACUAUCGAGUCAGAGGCUGCCCAUGGAACUGUGACAAGACACUACAGAGAACAUCAAAAGGGAAACCCUACCAGUACAAACCCGGUGGCCAGUAUUUAUGCCUGGACUAGAGGAUUAGAACACAGAGGCAAGCUGGAUGGAAAUCAGGAUCUUAUUGUCUUUUCACAGAAAUUGGAAAAAGCAUGUGUAGACACAGUAGAUAGUGGAAAAAUGACCAAGGACUUGGCAGGCUGUAUAUAUGGAUUGAAGAAUGUAAAGCCCGAGCAUUAUCUCAACACCAUGGAUUUCCUGCAGGCCAUCAGAGAGACCCAGGAGAAGAUGUGAUGUGUGUGAAGUGUUAGAGCUCUAACAAUCAAAGUCUGUGAUCCAUAAAUAUGAACACUCACUAAAUCGUACCUCUUUUUUUAUAGUAUACUGGAAAUAAUGGUCUGAUUUCUUACAAAGGCAGCACAAAAUUCUGGUCAGCCUGAUUGUGAGGAAUGAGAAUCUGAAUUUUCUCCAGAUCAUGGCCUAGAACAUUUUUUUUAAAUAGUAUAAUCAUGUCAAAUUAUAUAUCUCCAGUCAUUUGUUGAUGGUUGUUAACAUUUAUGCAAAUUUUUCUGCUUUAUUUAUGGAUAUCGACUUUCUAUACAUGUCUUUGAUUGCCAUUUUAUGUAUGGACAUGUAUGGAUUUUCCUCUUUUUUAUUUUUACACACACCAAAGUGCCAAUAAUGAGAGUGCUAACUUUCUACACAAACAUUUAAUGAUACACUGUUCCUUCCUGUGGGUUUGUUGCUCUGCAGGCAGGGGAAAUAAGGGUAUGUGCAACAUUCCAUCAGGAGUAUUAAGUAUUUCCUAAACGGACCACUGACGGUUGUAAAAGUUUGUCCUUUUGAGUGAAAUAAAAAUUAGUAAUAUGUC